AUGGGCGGGAGCAAGGGCAGAGCGCCCCAGCGCCAGGACGGACCCGGGAGGCCGGCCUCUGAGGAGCAGGAGUCCAGGUUGGCCCGCGCAGACGGCGCGCCUAGCCGGGAACGCCGACAGGGUCGCGGUAAGGCCCACAGGGCCAGACCAGUCUUGGAGCCCGCCACUUCGGGAAGCCACGGGACCCCUGGUGGCCGCCGGAAGCCCACCGCAGAGCAGAACGGCUGCUGCAGACGGCCAGGGGCUGGGCCGCCACCGGAGGCCCAGCGGGGUCCAGGCAGCGCGCAGUGUCGGGGGCCCGCGUCUAAGCACCGGGACGGCCGUAGCGGGCGCCUGGAGGAAGAGAGUCUCCCCGGAGAAGGGAGGACCGGCGAGCUCUGCCGCCGCAGGAAGAGAGGAAAAGGGCGGAGACCCCCGGCUGGGCACGGCUGCCGAGAGACCCGGUGCCUCGACGGGGACGCGUCGGGUGGAGACGGGGGCAGCUCUUGCCAGGAUAGCGAAGCCCGCGAGGCCCAGGAGAGCGACAGCCAGAGCAGUGGAGCCCCGGAGCUGCGGCCCAAGCCGGGGCAAACGGACACGGGCUCGGGAGACCCCCAAACCGGGUCGGAGCCAGCUCAGGAACACGGAGAGUGCCCCAGCAGCGACGGUCUGAGCAGCGACGGCGGGGACAGCCCUGAGCCCCGGAGCCGGGAAGGGUCGUCGGGGGUGGGACCCCGGGGAGAGGGCGAGGAUUCCGGGACAGGCACGGAGUCGAGCCUGCAGGGGCCCAGGCCUGGAGGGGGCCCAAGGGCAGCCCCAGGAACGGCGAGCCGGACCACUGAAGCCGAAGAGACUGAGCCGGGCAAAAAAGCCAAGGCCUCCACCCCCCUCGAGGGAAGCCCCAUGUGCGCACCCCGGAGCUCGCGGGCUCCCGGGGACCCCGGGCCGGCCCGGGACUCAGACAAUGAGGUGCGGCCGGAGGCUGAGCCGCAGGGCGACGAGCCUGGAAGAGCCUCGGCCUCGGCCGCCGGGACUCGGCGCCGCCAGGUCGGAAAGAUGGUGGGGAAGGUGCAAGUGGCGGCGGGCGAGAACGAAUCUGGGGCUGGACAGAAGGACGAGCCCGGAAACCCAGCGCCGCUGGCCGCCCUCGUGGCGCUUCGCAGGCUCCGCACGAAAGCCCCGCCAACGGCGGCGGCCGGCCGGCGAGGGCCGGGGGGCGGGGCCGCGGGGGGGGCGGGGCGGGGUCGCGGGCCCGGCCUGCGGCGCCGGCAAGUGCUGUGCCUGGCGGGCGAAGCGGGACUGGGGGGACGGCCCAGGGCUCCCCCUAGCGGCGACUCGAGCUCCCCACAGUUUGCGAAGAGCUCAGCUCCCGGAAACCCUUCUGAGGAUGAGGACUCGACUCCGGAUCCCAAGUUUGCGGUCGUGUUCCCCAGGAUCCACAGGACUGGGAGGGCGUCGAGCAGUCGGAGCUCAGAGGAAGCGUCCACAUACGCCUCACCCGGGGAGGGGCACGCUUGGCCUUGUGCAGGAGCUUCGGGGGACAGUGAGGGGCGCGGGGCGAGUGGAGAAAGUGUGGCCGGGCCCCGCCGAGGCUCUCUUCUCGGCCCUACUCCCCACGACGAGCCCCCACUCGACGAGAGCGGCUCCAGAAGCGAAGCAGAGCCCGAGACCUUGGGGGCAGAGGCUCUGGUCCCCUGGGCUCAGAGCUCAGAACCCCGCGAGGACCCCGGGCUUGGCACCGACGCGCUGCUGCCCCGACUCACCUUGGAGACCCGUCUGCCGUGGGAGAGAGGCCCCGGGCCCUGCGGGUCCCCGAGGGAGCGGUGGGAGCCAGAGGAUGAGGCGGAGGAGAACCUGGAGCUGAGCCUGGGGCUGGGCGUGGAGGGGCCGCCCUUACUGGGCGCUGAAGGCAGGAGCCUUGGGGAAGGCCUGGAAGACACGGAGGACCUGGCUCGGCUGCGACCAGUGUGUAACAGCUCUGUUCUGCAGUGCUUCAAGAAGAGGUUUCAUCUGGGCCGAAUCUACACCUUUGGAGGGCCUCUUCUGCUCUCUCUGAACCCCCGCCGGCCCCUGCCUCUCUUCUCAGCUGAGGUCCUGGCCAGCUACCACCCCAAAAAGGCCCCUAACACCACCCCACACAUCUUGGCCAUCGUGGUAUCGGCCUAUAGCCGGUCUCGGAGCACUGGGCAGGGCACAUGCAUUCUCCUCGGUGGGCACAGUGGCUCAGGGAAGACAGAAGCUGCCCAAAAGAUCGUGCAGUUCCUAAGCAGCCUGGAGCAGGAACACGCAAGGGACCGAAGAUGUCAACUGGAUGGUGUGCUGCUCAUACUCAGCAGCUUUGGCCACGCCAAGACAGUCCUCAAUGCCAACGCCAGCCGCUUCGGCCAGGUCUUCUGCCUCCACCUGCAGCACGGGGUCAUCGUGGGAGCCUCUGUGUCACAUUAUCUGCUUGAGACCUCAAGGGUGGUGUUUCAGGCCCAGGCUGAGCGGAGCUUCCAUGUUUUUUACGAGUUGCUGGCGGGGCUAGACCCUGCGGAACGGGAGCGGCUCUCCUUACAGGGACCAGAGACCUACUACUACCUCAACCAGGGCCAGGCCUGCAGUCUCCAGGGCAAGGAUGAUGCCCGGGACUUCGAAGGACUGCGGAAGGCCCUGCAGGUCAUGGGCCCCGAGGAGGUGACCGCUGCCUGGGCUGUGCUGGCCGCCAUCCUGCACCUGGGCAACAUUUGCUUCUCUUCUUCCGAGCGGGAGUCCCGGGAGGUGGCUGCCGUGUCCAGCUGGGCUGAGAUCCACACGGCAGCCCGGCUGCUGCUGGUGCCACCUGAGCGCCUACAGGGGGCUGUCACCAGGAGGGUCACGGAGACACCGUAUGGCUGGGUCUGCAGGUCUCUGCCGGUGGAAAGCGCCAUUGAUGCCAGGGACGCCCUGGCCAAGGCCCUGUAUUCCCGGCUUUUCACCUGGCUUCUGACAAGGAGCAAUGCGAAGCUGGCAGCUCCCGGGGAGGGAGAGAGCGUGGACACCGUCACUGUCGUGGACGUCUACGGCUUUGAGGCCCUGCGGGUGAACGGCCUGGAACAACUGUGCAGUAACCUCGCCAGCGAGCGUCUGCAGCUCUUCUCCAGCCAGAUGCUGCGGGCCCAGGAGCAGGAGGCCUGUCGCCGAGAGCUGCUGCCCUGGGUGCCCGUUCCCCAGCCUGUGCGGGACACCUGUCUGGACCUCCUCAUAGACCAGCCCCACAGCCUCCUGAGUAUCCUGGAUGCCCAGACAUGGCUGUCCCAGGCCACAGACCACACCUUCCUCCAGAAGUGUCACUAUCACCACGGCAAUCACCCCUGCUACGCCAAGCCCCAGCUGCCCCUUCCUAUCUUCACCGUGAGGCAUUACGCUGGGCCUGUCACCUACCAGGUUCACAAAUUUAUAAACAGAAACCGGGAUCAUCUUGACCCUGCCGUGGUGGAAAUGCUUGCCCAGAGCCGGCUCCAGCUUCUGGGCAGCCUGUUCCAGGAAGCAGAGUCCCAGUCCAGGGCUGGGCCAGGCAAACCCCCCCUGGCCUCUCGCUUCCAGCAUUCCCUGGAGGACCUCCUAGCCCGGCUGGGCAGGAGCCAUGUCUAUUUCAUUCAGUGCCUCAACCCCAACCCAGGAAAGCUUCCGGGCGUCUUUGAUGUGGGACACGUGGCCGAGCAGCUGCGCCAGGCUGACAUCCUGGAGGCAUUGUGUACCCGCAGUGCCAACCUCCCUGUGCGCCUGCCCUUCCAGGCCUUCCUGGCCAGGUUCUGGGCCCUGGACACAGAGGCGCGGGGAGAGACCUCUGACCGUAAGAGGUGUGGUGCCAUCCUGAGUAAGGUUCUGGGGGCCGAGUCACCCCUCUGCCACCUCGGGGCUACCCAGGUCCUGCUGCGGGAGCCGGGCUGGCAGCAGCUGGAGAAGCACUGGACCCGGCGACGCUCCCAGGCCCUGCUCGGCCUGCACGUCAGCCUGCACACCUGCAUCUCCCGCCAGCGCCUCGGCGGUCUACUCCUGCCACGGAUGCAGGCGCACGUGCGAGGGCUCCAGGCCGGGAAGCGGAACCAACGGCGGCGGGCAGCUCUGGGACAGCUGAACAGCGUCCUGCUGGUGGCCCGGCCCCUGCUCCGGAGGCGACAGAGAUUGCAGGUUGGGCAUCGGUGUGACUGGCACAGUGGCCCAGCCUCCAAGACAGUGCCAAGCAUGGAGCUGGGGCGCUUGGAGAUCCCGGCUGAGGUGGCCGUCAUGUUAAAGACAGCGGAAGGCCAUCACCAUGCCUUGGUUGGGAGCAUCACCGAGUCCAUGCCCCCUGAAGUUCCUGCCCGGACCAGCCUGACCCUUCCACCAGACAUCGACCAGUUCCCGUUCUCCAGCUUCAUCUCCACUAACUUUCAGGAGCCAGCCCUGCCCAGCCCUGGGCAGCUGCUGGCCAAGCCCCUGACCCGGCUGGAUGGUGAGAACCCUCAGCAUGCCCUGGAUAUCAACAAAGUGCUGCUGCGGCUCCUGGGGGAUGGGUCCCUGCCCCCCUGGCAGGAGCAGAGCAUGGGCGAAUACCUGGUGCGACAGGGCCAGCGCCGGCCAGGGCUGCGGGACGAGCUCUUCAGCCAGCUCGUGGCCCAGAUCUGGCACAACCCGGAUGAGCAGCAGAGCCAGCGCAGCUGGGCCCUCAUGGCCAUCCUGCUCAGCGCCUUUCCCCCCAUGCCCACCCUACAGAAGCCACUGCUGAAAUUUGUGUCCGACCGGGCCCCCAGAGGCAUGGCAGCGCUGUGUCAGCACAAGCUGCUGGGGGCCCUGGAGCAGACGCAUCUGGCCUCUGAGAUGGCCCGGGCCCACCCCCCCACCCAGCUCGAGUGGACCGCCGGACGGCGGCAGGGCCGCAUGGCUCUGGACGUCUUUACCUUCACUGGGGAAUGCUACUCAGCCGAGGUGGAGUCCUGGACCACGGGGGAGCAAUUCGCCGGGUGGAUUCUGCAGAGCAGAGGCCUGGAGCUGCCCCCGCGUGGCUGGUCCGUGUCACUGCACUCCGGGGACUCCUGGCAGGAUUUGGUGGGCUGUGACUUUGUGCUGGACCUCAUCGGCCAGACUGAGGACCUGGGGGACCCAGUCAGUCCCCACAGCUACCCCAUUGCCUCCCGUGGCUUAGCUGAGGACAUCCCCCCUGCCCCUGGCAUCCAGGCCCCUUCAUUGCCCCCAGGUCCACCCCCGGGGCCAGCCCCAGCACUACCCAGCAGGAGCCAGUCAGGGGAGUCUCGGACCUCAGAGAACCUGGAUGGCUUCCUGGACAACCUCUUCCAGCCAGUCCUCUCCCCGGGCCACAGUGAUCUGGAGCAAGGCUGGGCUCUGAGCAGCCGCAUGAAGGGAGGGGGCGCCAUUGGGCCAAUGCAGCAAGGCAGCUACCCCAUGGUUUACCCAGGGAUGAUGCAGAUGCCCGGAUACCAGCCAGCCAUGAUGCCUGCCCCCGUGCCCAUGAUGCCAGCGAUGGGCGCAGUCCCUGCCAUGCCAGCCAUGGUGGUGCCGCCGCCACCGCCGCAGCCCCUGCUUCCCAGCGUGGACCCGAGGCAGCUGGUGACCCAACAGCAGAACUUCAUCAACCAGCAGGCGCUGAUCCUGGCCCAGCAGAUGACCGCCCAGGCCAUGACUUUGUCGCUGGAGCAGCAGACACAGCAGCGCCAACACCAGGCUCAGCCUCUGGCCCGGGCCCCCGGAGCUGCCUCGCCGAGCUCACCCCCAGCCGUCGCCCCCAAGCCCAAGAAGCCCCUGGCCCCACGCGGGGAGCCAGAGCAAGAGCUGAAAUCGGAGACCUCACAGGAGGCCCGAGAGAAGCCCCAGCGGCCCAGGAGCUUCCAGCAGAAACAGGACUAUUUCCAGAAGAUGGGGCAGCAGCAGAUCAAGGUGAAGACAGUGAAGCCUCCACCCAAGGUACAGAUCCCCCAGGAGCAGGAGCAGGAGCAGGAGCAGGAGCAGGAGCAGGAGCAGGAGGAGAAACCAAGAGCAGUGCCAUCCCCCCCACCUCCCCCCAUAGUGAAGAAGCCACUGACACAAGGUAGAGUCAAAGCUGCACAAGAGGCUGAGGCUGAGCCAGCGGCCCCGGGGGUGGGGCCUGGUGGUCACCCUAAGCCAGCCCCCCAACAGCGGGCAGAGCCAAGCAGGGAGAUUCGCAACAUCAUCCGCAUGUACCAGAGUCGCCCGGGCCCCGUGCCUAUGCCCGUGCAGCCAUCCAGGAAGCCCCCGAAAAGUUUCCUGAAGAAAAACAACCCUAAGGAUGAGGCUCUGGCUAAGUUGGGGAUCAGCGGUGCCCACGCAUCCAUGUCGAUGCCAUCGCCCAGCCCAGGGAAGGGCCCCCCACCAGCUGUGGCCCCUCGACCCAAGGUCCCACCACAGCUUGGGCCCUCCAGCUCCAUCAAGGAGAGCCAGACUCCGCCUGCUGCCCAGGCACCCUCACCUCCACCAGCGCCCCCGCUGCCUCUGCCUGAGGAACCAGGGACCCCUUCAGCUGGGCCCCGCGGCUGGAUGGAGCCCAUGGAGGACCAGGGAGUCUCCACCCAGCUGCUCGUGCCCUCCGGCAGUGUGUGCUUCUCCUACGUCAACCCACCCUGGAGGUUGUUCCUACGCAAGGAGGUGUUCUACCCCCGGGAGAACUUCAGCCACCCCUACUGCCUCAGCCUCCUCUGUGAGCAGAUCCUGAGGGACACCUUUGCCGAGUCCUGCAUCCGGAUCUCCCAGGAUGAGCGGAGCAAAAUGAAAGAGCUGCUGGGAGACCUGGAGGUGGGUCUGGACUCGCUCAACACCACCGAGGACAGUGUCAAGAAGCGUAUCGUGGUGGCCGCUAGGGACAACUGGGCCAAUUAUUUCUCCCGAAUUUUCCCUGUCUCGGGCGACAGCAAUGAUGUGCAGCUGCUGGGCGUGUCCCACCGGGGACUGAGACUGCUCAAGGUGACCAAAGGCUCCAGCUUCCACCCGAAGAACCAGCUGAAGACUCUGUGUUCAUACAGCUUUGCUGAGGUGCUGGGCGUGGAGUGCCCGGGCAUCUCCACCCUGGAGCUGUCACUGAAGAGUGAGCAGCUGGUGUUGCACACGGCCCGGGCGAGUGCCAUCAAGGCCAUGAUUGAGCUGUUCCUGAGUGAGCUCAAGAAGGACUCCGGCUACGUCAUCGCCCUGCGAAGCUACAUCACCGAUGACCACAGCCUCCUCAGCUUCCACCGUGGGGACCUCAUCAAGCUGUUGCCAGUGGCCACGCUGGAGCCCGGCUGGCAGUUUGGCUCCACCGGGGGCCGUUCUGGACUCUUCCCUGCCGACAUAGUUCAGCCAGCUGCUGCCCCAGACUUUUCCUUCUCGCCAGCGAGGAGUGGCUGGCACAAGAAUCAGCUGCAGCACAGUGAGACGGGGCUGGCUCAGUGGAGGAGGGCAGAGUGCCAUACCCACCCCCGGAGCCAGGCACGCAGCAAUGACUCUGUAGCCUCCAUCUCUCUGUCCAUGGACUCCCGCCACUACACCAUGCAGGAAUUUGCCCUGUACCACUUCCGGAAGCCCCAGACCUUGCUGGACCACACCGGUGGAGAUGCUAAGGAGCAGGCCAUGGCCAGCCUGGUGCAGUACAGCAAGGCUCCCAUACGAGAAUCGCUCAACAGCCUCAGUGAUGAGGACACAAACAGGCAGGCUGUGAAAAGUUUCCAGGCUCUGAUGCAAUUUAUGGGGGACCAGCCUAAGCCCCGGGACAAGAAUGAGAUAGAGCUCCUUUAUGACCUCCUGAGGCUGUGCCAGGAGAAGGAGAACCUCAGGGAUGAGAUUUACUGCCAAGUCAUCAAGCAGGUCACCAGACACCCUCAGCCGGAACACUGUGCUCGCGGCUGGAGCUUCCUCAGCCUCCUGACAGGCUUCUUCCCCCCGUCAGCCACGCUGAUGCCCUACGUAACAAAGUUUCUGCAGGAUUCAGGCCCAAGUCAAGAACUGGCCUGCAACAGUCAGGAACACCUCCAGCGCACAGUCAAAUAUGGGGGGCGCCCACGGCUGCCCUCCCCGGGCGAAACUCAUGCUUUCCUGAAAGGGCAAGGAAUCCGCUCACUUAUAAUUCACCUGCCAGGGGGUAUGGAUUACAAAACCAGUAUCCGGACUUUCACGGUGGUGGCAGAAGUGCUGGAGGAGCUAUGUCUGCAAAUGGGCAUCACAGACCCCCAGGAAGUGCAGGAAUUUGCCCUCUUCCUCAUCAAAAGAGGCAAGCUGGUGCGGCCCCUGUGGGCCCACGAGUACCUCAACAGCGUGGUGGAUCAGGAUGUAAGCCUGCACAGCCAGCGGCUCAGCUGGGAGACCCCGCUGCACUUCGAUAAUCCAACCUACAUCACCAUCCACUACAUGCAGGUGCUGCAGGACUACCUACAGGGGAAGCUGUUGGUCAGCCCCCAGGCCAGCGCCCGACUCGCCAGGCUGGCUGCCCUGCAGCACCGUAGCAAGGCCCAAGAGGACCACCUGUCGGAGCAAGACCUGCUGGCUUACUUGCCAAAGCCACUGCAAUCGAAAGCGAACAUACCCAUCAUAAAGAACCUGAUGGACCAGGAGCUGAGGCAGCUGCAAGUCUGCAGCUCCCAAGAAGCACAGAUCAGCUUCAUCGAGGCUGUGAGCCAGCUGCCCCUCUUUGGCUACAAUGUCUAUGUGGUGCUGCGGGUGAGUCAACUGGCCCUGCCCAGACCCAGCCUCCUGGGACUGAACUGCCAGCAUAUCAUCCUCAUGGACCCCUGCAACCAGAAACAGUGCUGCUCCAUCGCCCUGAAGGACCUGCACCGGCUCCACCUGCUGAGCCCCCUGGAGAGUAAGGGGCCCCCUGGCCUGGAACUCAACUAUGGCUCUGCUGACAACCCCCAGACCAUCUGGUUUGAGCUGUUCAAGGCCCAGGAGCUGAAGUACACCAUCGCCUUCCUGCGGGACAGCCUUGCUCCCAACUAGUGGCCGGCCUCACCCAAGAAGAAUGGAGGAGGGGAGGACAUGAGGAAGGGGCCCCCUCCCAGGUCCAAGUCUGAUGGGGAAGGUCUCCCUUGGGUGCUGUCAGGCCAUUUUGGUUUGGACUUCCCCAUUUGGCUGUUCUGGAACCUGCCACAGCACAGCGCUGCUGGCCCACGUGGAGGCCACGAGGCAGGAGCAGCUCCAGUGACAUCAGCUAAGAAAGCAGCAGGACUCCCCCUGGGGGGGGCCUGGAGUGGGGGCUGCAGGAACUCGCUUGGGCAUCUGAUGCUGCCCAGGCUGGGGGAGAGGGAUGCCCAGCUGGCCCCAGGCCCUGGCUCAACAUCAGCAUGAAUCCAGGCCUGGGGGAAGCAAACAGUGAGGAAAUAAAACUCCCAAGAGAA